AUGACUUCUUCACUAGGAAAUAAUAAGGAUAUGGGUGAAAAUGGAUUAUCUUCCUUUGAGAUACUGGUUUCUGGUGAAGAGCUAAUUUUAGACGAUGAAGUUGGUAUUACACCUUUAAAAGCAACCACCUUGGCUUCAAACAUUGCAGGAUCUUGUAUAUUUAGUGGCUCAUCUGAUGGAGCUUUAAGAUGUAUAGACUUUUCCAGAUGGGAAAGUGGAGGAUUUGGUCCCCUAUGGUCGAAGACACUGGAACAGUCGGUCGCAUCAGUUGCAGUUAGCAAUGAUGACAGUGUUAUCGCAGUAGCCUCUGGGAAUAUGCUACAUUUCUACACAGAUGGAGGUGAUUUCGUGGUAAAUAGCACCAAGGGAGAUAUGUAUCUUGUGGAUGCAAGAAAAACGAAGGGUCAUACCUCGGCUGUUACUUGUGUUUCAGGUGACCCAUAUCUGUCUAAUAUAUUUGCAUCUGGGUCUUUGGAUGGUACUGUUCGUCUUUUUGAUUUGGAAUCUGGUAGAGAGGGUGUUUCACUAUCUGUAAACUCAAAGCAGAUAUACCUUCCUAAGACAAACAAAGGUGGAAGAAUACCUAUACAUUCCAUAUGUUAUGCCCAAUCCGCUGGAAAAUCACAGAUAAUUGGAGGAACUGACAAGGGUGGACUUUUUACAUGGGAUUGUAGAACAUCGCAGUGUACAUCUACUUUGGACGCGCAUGCUUCCUUAAUAAGUUGCAUACUUGCAUCUGACGAUGCCAAGUUGGUUACCAGAAGUUAUGACUCUGUAAAAUUGUGGGAUAUUCGUUCUAUGAAGCGUUCUGUAGAAGAAAUAACGGUUGAAGGUGAUAAUACAAAUCAAAGUAUAGCAUUGAGUCCAGACAAUAAACAUCUUGCUGUAACAGAAGUCUUGCCAAUUAACCCAAAAAAUCUCAGAGAAGGAUUUAAGGGAGGUGUACAAAUCUUUAAUGUUGGUGAUUUUACUAGGGUAGAAAAUAAAAGGCUAAAAUCUCCGCCAGGACCGAUAGCGUGGGCACAUGAUACUGGACAGCUAUUUUCAAUAUGUUUAGAUGGAAAAAUUUGGGCUAGAUGCGGAAGUAAUGUUUGCGGUGCAAUGUACGCUUCCAGGGCUAAAGCAACUGUAACAAAGAGAAAUCAGUAUUCUUCUGUCACAAAUGUGUCGGCUAAACUUGAAUCGUAUGCUAUUGAUGAUCUACCAGAUGACCUCGUGGAGUGUGAUGACGGUAUAUUGCGUAGGAAGAGAACUCGUAAAGUAUUUGAUAAGACGGGAUCUAAUAGAGGACAGACAGAGGAUCCAUUAAAACUCGGUCAAACCCCGAUUAGUUACGAGGACGAAGAUAUUGUCGCCAAGUUGCGCACUAUGCAAUCUGAAAGUGACAAUAUUGAUAAGUCUGCAGAGAAGUCUGGAAUACAGAAAAUACCUUAUAAUGCCGACAAAUUCAUGGCAAUGUACAAGAAAACCCAACCUAACCUUAUAUUGGACUUUGCAAAGCCAGAAACUGUAGAGGAGAACAUGCUACUUGGUGUAAGGAAAUGUCCAAGAUGUGGAAUAAAAAUAUGCCAAUGUGGUUAUAUGGAUAUGAAGAAGUGA